AUGGAAGUAAGUUCGAGGCCGGUUUCCGAUUCGGAACCGUUUUCACCAGAAGUAAUGAACUCGUUGUCUUAUAAUGUACCGCUAUCAACAGCCAAAAUUUUCAAAGACGAAUGCAUGUGGUGUUUCAAUACACCUAUUCAUCCUGGCGGUCUGUACAUUUGCAUGAAGACGUUUGCUGGAUUUUGUUCGAAGCAUGUGGGAAAAUACUGCGAAAAAACUGGACAGAAAGCAUUAUUGCACAUAAAGCGAACGAAGACCGAGUUAGCGGAAACAGAUGGUCCCCAAGAUAAGGUUACAAAGUUGAGUGGAAACCUAUUAGAUGCUUGCAAGAAAGUAGUGACAAAUGAGAGUGCUCAACGCAUUGAGCAGCUUGAAACCGGUGUGAGUGGUUGGGAUGGAGAGGUUAAGCUCAUUACCAAACACAUCAAUUUGGUCCAGCUUGAGAAUGGCGUAAAGGUGCCACAAUCAGGAUGGAAAUGUGAAGCAGAAGGAUGUGAGUUGACUGAAAAUCUUUGGUUGAACUUAACAGACGGUGCUAUCAAAUGCGGUCGUUCACAGUACAUCCAAGAAGGUGUGCUGAGCAAAGGCAAUAACCAUAUGCGUCAACAUUUUGACGCAACCGGCUAUCCAUUGGUUGUGAAACUGGGCACAAUAACGAAGGAUGAUGCGGAUGUGUUCAGUUAUGAUGAAGACGAAAGUGUUAGAGAUCCGAAUCUUGCAAAGCAUUUAAUGCAUUUUGGUAUAGACGUACAAACUGCUGAGAAAACUGAGAAGAGUACUUUGGAACUGGAAUUGGAUUUGAAUCAAAAAUGGGAAUGGGCAAUGUGUCAAGAAGAUGGUGCAAAUCUCCAACUUGCAUACGGUCCUGGUCUAACUGGAAUGAUCAACAUUGGUUCAUCGUGUUAUAUGAAUUCGUCUAUUCAAAUGCUGUUGGAAGUACCGGAUUUCUGUGAUGUUUUCGGUGGUAACAGUGCGAAUGUUUUCGCUAGUACCGAUGCUGUAUCUUCACAUGAUGAUUUCAAUUGUCAAACUGCUAAAGUAUUUUCCUCAUUACUUAGUGGGGAUUAUUCUCAGGAAGGAAGUGAACUGAAUGGUAUAAAACCGAUUCAAUUCAAGAAAGUUGUUGGUAGAGGUCAUCAUGAGUUCAGUACCGCCAAACAACAGGAUGCUGAAGAAUAUAUUCGUAUAUGGGGCCAAGAUGACGAAACAACUAAAAUUUACGGUACAUUUUUGAUAGUUGAUGAUUAUAGCAAAUUGGUUUGCUUCUCAGUUGAAGGAUUCUUGUAUUUUCUAACCAAAGUGGAUGAAAAUAUUCGUAAAAAUGGUACAAAUCCAGUAGAUGCGGUGAGAUUUAAGAUGGAAAGUCGUUUCAUGGAUUGUGCUUCGAAUCAAGUUCGAUAUGAACAAAAAGAAGAUUGUAUUCUCUCACUCAGCGUUCCUCUUUCUUGUGCUCAAAAGGAAGAUAAGGUUGAUGAAAGUGGUGCUCCAGUGCGUCCGACACUAACGCUUGAUCAAUGUUUAGCAUCAACCUUCAGUGAACAAACAAUUCAAGAUUUUCGUUCUCCUGUAACAGGUGAAAUGGGAUGCGCAACGACUGUCAAUCGUAUGGCCACCUUUCCUGAUUUUCUUAUCAUUCAUUUGCAGAAGUUUCAAAUAACUGACAAUUGGACAGUGAAGAAAAUGGAUGUGAGUAUAAAAGUGAAUGAUGUGAUAAGUUUGGAAUCGUUCAGAGCGAAAGGCAAACAACCGAACGAAAUUUCAUUGCCGGAAGAUAAUGCAAAUAGUUUAUCUGCUAAUAAAAGUGUACCGCAUUUAAAGGCUGAUUUAGUUGCUUCGUUAUGCUCGAUGGGUUUUUCGGAAGCAGCAUCACGCCGUGCAGUUUACAUGACGAAAAACGUUGGCAUUGAACAAGCAUCCGACUGGUUAAUGCAACAUUUAGAUGAUCCAGAUAUAAAUGAAGAACAUCCUGAUUUAUUGAAGCAAAAGGUUCAAAACAAGGCUGAUGCGUCGCUGAUUAGUGAGUUGACUGUACUUGGAUGUACACCGUAUCAAGCGAGGUGUGCACUCGCGAAACAUAGCAAUAAUUUGAAUGCUGCUGCCGAAUGGUUAUUCGCGAACUUGGAUAAAUUACCCGCAGAGGAACCUCCAUCUGCAGGUGCUGAAGCAGUUCAUAAUUUCCGCGAUGGUCGUGCGAGUUAUGAAUUGAUUGGUUUCAUCUCACAUAUGGGUACAUCGCCACAUUCUGGACAUUAUGUUGUGCAUCUUAAAAAGCAUGGUAAAUGGUAUCUGUUCAAUGACGAAAAAGUGGCUUUAUCGCAGAAUCCGCCUUCUGCACUCGCCUAUAUCUACCUCUACAAGCGUUUGUGA